AUGACACGGAAGGGCCAGCCCAAGGUUCGGACCGGGUGCUUGACCUGCAAGUCGCGCAAGGUGAAAUGCGACGAAGCAAAGCCGGCCUGCGCUCGGUGCACCGGCACGGGGCGCCGCUGCGAGGGCUACGCCGUCGUGGUCCCCAGCAACCGCGCCAUCGCCCGGGCCCGGUCACGCACGACGCGACUCAGGGAAGCCCUUGCCCAGGCCCGCGCCAGCAUGGCCGGCGGCGGCUCCGAGAAGGCCACGCUGGAAUACCUCGCCCGCGACGUCGCACCCAAGCUGCCGCAGAACCUCGAGAACCAGUUCUGGACCGUGGCCGUGCCGCGCAUGAGUAAGUCGGAGCCCGCCGUCCGCCACGCCGUGGCUGCUGUCGGCAGCCUCUCCCCCCCCCCCCGCCUGCGAUCGUCGAGUAAUAACCCCGUCCAAGGCGGAACCCCCCAGACCGAAGCGCACUACAGCGAGGCGCUCCGGCUGAUGGCGAGGACAGUCGCGCCCGAGAGAGACGAGAGGCGGCAGCGGCAUCGCCAGAGCUUCAACGACGCGCCCCGAGCCGACGACGCCAGCAGGCCCCGCAACCUCUCCAUGACCUCUCUGAGCAGCCGGUCUUCCCCGAGCCUGGCCGCCGCCGGGUCGUACUCCGCCGUGCACUCCCCCGCCCCGCUCACGCCGAGCGUGUACGGCAGCGUGCCGGACCCGACCGAGACCGACCGCUCGAGCAGCAGCCGGGGGCCGACGAAUCCCUUCGCGUCCCCCCCGAGCCAAGAAGACGACGGCGACGAGGAGCCGCCGACGACGCACUGCAACGACGUGGACGUGGUGCUGUCGUGCUGCAUACUCUUCAUAGCGGCCGAGUUCCUGCGCGGCAGCCCCGACGAGGCCAUGCGGCACCUCGCCAACGGCAUCAACAUCCUCAACAACGUCGACUACGCCGACGUCGACCAGGCGACGCUGGACGAGAUCGUGCCCAAGUUCCACCGCCUCAGCAUCGUCCAGCUGUGCUUCUACGACAAACCCGGCUUCCCCUCGCUCAGCCUCCAGCACGGCCACCGGCCGCGGUACAACCUCGGGCCGUUCGACAAGAGCGGCAGCAGCAUAUACCUGCCCAAGCGCGCCGUGGACCCCAUCAUACUCGACGCCAUACGCUACAUCCGGUCGGCCGACCCGGGCUCGCAGACGGACUCGCGCCUGGCCUCGAGGGGGCCCGUCAUGUCCGAGGAGCAGAGGAGCAUCUGCGCCUCCCUCGACAGGUGGCACGCCGCCUUCCUCGCCUUCGUCGACGCGCCCGGGAGGCCGGCCGACCCGCCGCUGCCGACGCACCGGGGCCUCAUCUGCGCCGAGACCGAGAUGAAGUACCAGGCCGCCAAGAUCUGCAUCAGCGUCUGCCGCUCCCACGACGAGUCCGUCUACGACUGCUUCAAGGACCCCUUCAGGCGCAUCGUCACCCUCGCCCGCCUGAUCCUCGACAGCUGCCCAGACGCCGCCGCCGCCGCCGCCGCCGCCGCCGCCGCGCCCGACCCGCCCGAGUUCGACUUCGACUUCACGACGAGCUACCUGCCGCUGCUCGAGUUCGUCAUCGCCAAGUGCCGCUGGCUCGACAUACGCUACGAGGCCUGGCGCAUCGUGCGGGCCCUCGCCACCGAGCGCACGCCGCGCGUCCUGGCCCGCGGCCGCCUCCUCCUCCACCUCGUCGGCCAGCGCAUGAUCGAGCGGGAGCACAACGUCAACAUCGACGAGGUCACGCGCCACAACGCCGGCCUCUUCUCGCUGCCGCCCGAGGAGAUGCGCGUCAAGGACUACGCCGCCGACCCGCGCUUCGCCGACCUGGUCCCCGUCGUCCCCGUCUCCCCCGGAGACGACGCGACCGCGGGGGCGGGGGCGGGGCCGGCCAAGGCGCAGGUGCCCUACACGCAACGGCUGCUGCUCCGGUGCGGCAGCUGCGAGCUCGACGACCUCGCCGUCUGGAUGGAAAACAGACGCCCUUCUCCCUCCUCUUCUUUUUCUUGA